UACCGCUGCCGUUUGUUGGAAUUUAUAAUUGUUGAAACGUCCGCUCUGCCUCCCGCCGUCGGCCUUCCCUUCCCCUUCCCUAUUUGACUGCCCCGACUUGCUGGCUGCUAUCGCGUGGUACUGUGCUGUGCUGCGCUGUGCUGUACCUGCCCGCCCAAGACAAAUAAGAAGAAGCCCGCCAGCUGCCAGCUGUUGACGAAGCACAGUGCAGCGUUGUCACUCACUUUACGCUGGCUUGUCAACCUCCAGUUGGUGAUUCUUACGCUCUUUUUCUUUUUUUGUCGCUUCGUUCUAUACCGUGCUGCAUCAGCAUUAUAAUACUCACUCCCUCACUAAUAUCAUCUGCAACUUGGUUGCUGACUCCAACAAACGAAACACCCAAUCACACUUACACAUACACCACCCACCGCCACCAUGUUCGAACCAGGAGACCAAGAUCGCUCCAAUAGCCUGCAGCAAAUGCUAGAAUUGGAAAGACAAGCUAUGAUCGAACGCAUCUGUGCUAAAAGCGCAGCCCUCGAGACACAAGUAGCCCAACCUACUAGACCCCGACUUACACACUCCUCCUCCGCACAGGUCCCGACUCUCCGCUCCAAACGCAGCGAUGUUCAGGCUUCAAAACUAGCCAACCGAUCUGCUGGUGACCGUCGAUCCAUUGCUAACCCGCAAUUCGCCUCUCUUGCCAUCGAGGUGCCUUCUCCCAAGCCUGCAACUCCGUCCUCACCUAAAGAGGGCAGCAACAUUUUGAGAGCUAGGAGACAUACCGCCAUCGUUGGAACUUCUCCGCCAUCUAUAAGCUACGAUGCCACUGUACCUGCGGCGGGGUCACCCGGCAGCCCGGAUAAACAGUCCAUCUGCCAUUCACCCAGCUGGGAGGCAUACGACAGACACAAAAAGGAAAAGAAGGAAGAGAAGAAGCGAAACAAGGAAGUGGCCAAGGCGCAAGGGAGACGUACAAAGCGUCUCAGUAAGCCUCCCCCAGCCUCCUCCCCAUACAUGUUCGCUCAAGCGCAAGCAAUGGCUGCUGCUUCGGAAGCCUAUCUUUCUGAUGCGGGACGAGGACGACCUCAAAGCAGUCAUAGCUCUUCGACUGGAUCUCGUGAUGGUCCCCGACCUAGAUCCCGCACUGGAUCUUUUACAAACCUUUUGAAAUCUCCGUUUGAGUUUCGCAGAAGCUCUAUUGAUCAAAGCAAGGCCCCGGCUGUGGGUUUUGUUGGAGGUAUUAAACUCGAGAUUGAACGCCACGAAGCCAAUCAACGAACUGUCGAAAUGCGACCCCGACCAGAAGACACAGAGGUUCAUCCCGCAUUCAGACGCUCUUGCAUGGCUGUGGAGCCUACCAUUGCAGCUUCAAAGUUAGAAAAGGAUCGUAGCCGACGUGCCUAUCCUCCUAUUACGAGAAUGCCAGCCCGCGCUAGAGCAUCAACAAUUGCCCCCUCAGCUUCCACACCGGAUCUCAAUGCUAUUCAGAGAUGGAGAGCUCGUGCUGGUAGCAAAGAUAAAACCAGUGAUGCUACUAUCAGCCCCGUUCCUUCUGAUGCUAUUACUCGAUUUGCAUCAUCAGAUUCGUUGGUACCAGAGGUUUUCAACACUAGAAGUUUGGUGAAAGUGGUGCAAGAUGAGGCACCAGAGGCCAGCAAGGAACUUGCAAGAGUAUCAACCCCGCCCCCGAAGCCUCCUAGAAAGAGCUCGAAGCGCAACUCUGCACUUAUCCUAGAGAGAAUUUCGAUCUCUAGCGUAUCAAGCUCGUCGUCUGCUUCUCCUUGCAUCUCACCUCUUUCUCCCGUAUCAGCCAAUAGCAACCCGCGAUUCAGUCUUCCAGUUUCUGAUAUUGACUCCGCCAUUGCAACAUUAGCAGCAAAUGAGAACCAGCCCUUCUCUCGCACUAGUUUGGCGCCACCACCAGCACCUUCUGCCUCUCCUUCCUGGGAGAAUCUCAAGUCUUCGGUAAUGAAUACCAUUGAAGCAAAGGUUAGACCCCUUGCUGAGAUUGAGCACGAGACUUGGAAGGCCGACGAGUGGAAGACUCGUCACCCCCCAUUUCCAGCUGCUAGCCAUGGAAGCUCCUCUGAUGACUCUGGAUCCGAGGCAUUCUUCCCUGGCACUUCCAUUACCACACCUAAUACCUCUAGACCACAAUCUGAAAAGGAUCUACCACGAUGCGCCAAAUCUGGGGAUGAUACAAACACACCAACUCUACGCGAUGACGAACGAUUCUCCUGCAUGGUGUUUAGCUCCAACCAGAUUGAGGCCUUCCAUGCUGAUCCUGUUCAAGCUGCAGCAGACAACGUUAUGGCAGCCGUCUUCUUCCCCAAUUUGGAAAAGGAUCGCAAACAGCAGGCAAUGGAGCUCAUUCAACCACCUCUGCAACUCCGAUCAAAGGAUACCAAUGUCACUUCUCCCGUUGACGAAUGCGGUCGCGCGGUUGCCAAGGUCUUUGUUGAAUGCUGCUCUUGCAAAUAUUACCAUGAUAUGCCAAGCAAGCUCUAUCAAGCCAUGCUUGAUCCGAAUGCAGUAUUGGCAGCCGAGGACAGCGCUUUUGCUGGCUCAAUUUCCAUGACUGUCAAGUGCCCUUGGUGCAAGCAUGACAUGAAGACUGAGUGUUGCGCCGGUUAUGCCGCCAUGGUCUAUCGAAAGAAGAAGCUGCACUAGAAUGCCUAAGCUUACGAUUUUAUUUUCAACUUCAUUUUAUUUUCUUAGCCUUUUGUUACUACUUUCUUUUACUGGCAGGCAAGCAAGACAGCCGUUAACCAAACACCACUAUGUAUUUUUUUUGUAGCCAAGUUGACAAGAGACGGGAAUCUGGCUACGUUUUAAUGGAUAUUAGAACGAGUCGAGAUUUUAAUGAUACCAAUUAAAAUAUAAUUAUCUCUACCUUAAUCACCUCUUUUGCCG